CAGCCCCGCCGCCACGCCAAGUGCCGGGGGCCGGCCCGCCUGUCACGCUCCAGCGGGGGGACCCUCGGCUACGCAGCCGGCUGGUGCCCGCGUAGAUGGCGAGGAGCCCCCAAGGCCUCCUGCUGCUGCUGCUGCUGCACUAUUUAGUGGUCGCCCUGGACUAUCAUAAGGCAAAUGGAUUUUCUGCAUCAAAAGACCACUAUCAAGAAGUUACAGUAAUAGAGUACCAAGAGGCCAUUUUAGCUUGUAAAACCCCAAAGAAGACUGCUUCCUCCAGACUGGAGUGGAAGAAACUAGGAAGGGGGGUCUCUUUGGUCUAUUAUCAACAGGCUCUCCAAGGUGACUUUAAAGAUCGAGCUGAGAUGAUAGAUUUCAACAUACGAAUCAAAAAUGUCACAAGAAAUGAUGCCGGGAAGUAUCGCUGUGAAGUCAGUGCUCCGUCUGAGCAAGGUCAAAACCUGCAGGAAGACACGGUCACACUGGAAGUCUUGGUGGCUCCUGCAGUCCCUUCAUGUGAAGUACCCACUUCUGUUAUGAGUGGAAGUGUUGUAGAGCUACGGUGUCAUGAUAAAGAAGGAAACCCAGCUCCUGAAUACACAUGGUUUAAAGAUGGCACCAGUUUACUGGGGAGUCCAAAGCUUGGCAAGCACAACAGCUCAUACACAAUGAAUACAAAAUCUGGAAUUCUGCAAUUUAACAUGAUUUCCAAGAUGGACAGUGGAGAAUACUACUGUGAAGCCCGCAAUUCUGUCGGAUCCCGCAGGUGUCCUGGGAAACGAAUGCAAGUAGAUGUCCUCAACAUAAGUGGCAUCAUUGCAGCUGUAGUAGUUGUGGCCUUCGUGGUUUCCAUAUGUGGCCUUAGUAUAUGCUAUGCUCAGAGGAAAGGCUACUUUUCAAAAGAAACGUCCUUCCAGAAGAAUAGUCCUGCAUCUAAAGCCACCACAAUGAGCGAAAAUGAUUUCAAGCACACAAAAUCCUUUAUAAUUUAAAAGAAUUCCAAUUUCAAGAUGCACCAAACCACAGUUGUCACACAAGUUAUUAAAACAUUAUAAAAAAUCUGCUUUGUCUUGCAUUUGCAGAGAUGGAUGAGAAAAUGACAUCACAAUUUUUAUGACCUUUAAUUCACCUGAAAUUGUUAUUUUAAGAACGUUCUUGUUGUCACCUAAAAUGCAAUCUGGCAUCUUGUGACUAAACUAAAGAGAAGUGAAAUAGCUGGUAAUAUUCAGAGUUUUGUGACACGCACAUGAAUGUCCUGUUCUAGAAAGUUUAACUUAUCAUACUGACUGUGGAGCUAACCCAAGAGGCGAGUGUGUACUACAUGUGCUCUUCUCUCCAAGCAAGAGUGGCCUAUGUGUUCAGUGAAGACUCUAAAGAAUGGAAACUCAAAAUUCCCACCAGGACCUUCUUUUUCUUGCCUCUAAAUAACCCUAUGGCUGUGGUCCUUUGUCUCUAAUUUAUCCGCUCGUCAAAGGAAGCCCAAGGCUGUGUCUUAGGCCCAAGGAUUUGCACUUUGUGUUUCCUUUCACAUCUCAGAACAAAAACCAACAAGGAUGGAGCUGCUUGCUGCUAUCUCUAUUUCCUGGGACUCCUUUGGAGAGGCUCAGUGACCUGGACAUCAGAAUGCACUACUAGAACCUAUACAAGUUUGUAGACACCUUUCUCGGCAUGAAUGGUGACCUUACAUCUGUCUCUAAAAACAUUUCUGAGCUGGGCUAGUCCCGCACUACUGAGGACAAGGGGUUGCCAAUCUGCUUAUAACGAAAGGGGGACAUGGAGGAGAGAAGCAUUUGCCUGUAUGUAAAAUGUGAAUGAACGAGGUCCUUUUGACUCCCAGCUUGCUUUAUACAGCACAGGCACAUGAGAAACCAUGACUGAAAUGAGACAUGGGUCUAAUGUUUUCUGAACUGCUUAACCACGAAGGCUACCAGCUGUUGUCAGAAUAUGAAAUUCCCAAGGCUCAAUAAUCAAAGCAGGCUUUUUGGGGAUUGGUUUAUCCCCGCUGAAAACAAAAUGUAAGUAGGGAUGUCUAGUUCUGGGUAAUAGCAUGGAAAAGUCAUUCACUCCUUUUGCCAGCUUUGAACAUGGUCAAAUUGGCUUCAAAAGAAUUUGUUCUUUCUACCCAAAAGGCAAAGCAGAAUCUCAGGGCUUCCUGAACACAUGGAAUACUUGGUAGUAAUCAGGUCACUGGGGAGUGGCCCACUGCCCUACUACUCCCCUGUUACUUUGUGGCCUUCAAACCUUCUCAAUAGACUCCUCUCUAGAGGUCUAACUUCUGUAAUAUGGCUCUACUCUCAAGUCAGAUUCACACUGCGUCAAGCCAGCCAACUCUACAAAGAACAAGACAAUAGGUAUUUUAACUCCCAUGGUUCCUGUUGCAACCACUGAACUCUGUCACACUAUGUAGAGAACAAGCAAGCAAGUGUGCCUCUCUCUGUUCCAAGUAAAGUUUCAGGUGGGAUUUGCACAUGUACAAUCUCCUCACUGCUGGUUCCAAAUGACAAAGAAACAUCUGUGGUGUAUAAGAAAUCAGGGUAAAUGUUGCCUAUGCCAUGACUAUGAGAUUUGCUUGGGUAGAAGGAAUGUUACCCUUCUUUAGUAACAUACAUCUCUCAAGGAUGCCUCUUCAGGGCAUAUACCACCAUCACCAGAUCCACCCUUCAACUUAAAUGACACAAAUCCACAGUGUGAGAGGACAAUUAUGCAGUGCCUUAAUUUUGCUAAUAGAUGAAAAGCUUCCUUUUAAGACACUGAAUGAAGCCUAAAGAUUCACUUUAUGCAAUGUAAAAACCCAAAAGUCUGUGCCAAUACCUAUUACACAUUAUUAACUAAAGCACUGUACACAGCUAAGCAGAAAUCAUCGAGUAAAGAAUACAUUCUUUUACACAAAGGCAGCAACUGAGAACACCAAUCUUGCGGUUAAGUCAGUCAGUGCUCACUGCCAUCCACACUUGUGUUUUCUGAGUCUUGAACACUUAUAAUGUAUCAAAAUCAAAUUGUAGUUUGUAGAGCAUUUUGAUUGUUUUUCCACAGUGAACCUGCAAUCGGGCUCUCGAAACUAUGGUCACAACUUUUGUUUUAGUAUUUUUGCUAUUGUAACUAGAGCCAACUUAUUUUUAGUUAGGGUGGGGGUUAACUUAAGUAAGUCUGAGUGUUUACUUUUCAAUACAACUCUACAAAGAACUUCCUUCAUUCUAUAGCUCACUUUUGGAUUAAAGUCCACAUUACAAAAAUAGCUACAUGCAGCUCAACUUUUUAGCCCCAUUCAACAGAGCAGGGGAAGUCACUCACCUAUUGUUCAGUAAAAGCCAGGAAACCCCUCCCUCUUACCACCUGCAGCUGUGAGGUAGCUCAACAGCUUGAGAUGGGAAUCUCGACAUUGCUCAGUCUGGAUACCUGCCAAAGUCUAAAGGCAGAGAAAGAAAAGGGAAAACUACUUACUGGAUGCUUUAUGUGUCAGGUUGGGGAUAAGGAGUGCAAAGUCUCAUUCCUCUUCUAAGAGGGUUAAAGAAGAGCCUCACGUCUCAGAGUUGGCAACGUCUCAGGUUUGCAGGGCAGUUGCUGGAACUGGAUGUCUUUGUGAACACACGUCCACCUGACCCACAGUUCACACUUUUUCUUCAUUUUAAAUUCUCCACUUCCUUCUACUUUCUCUUCAUCCUCAGCAACCUCUGGCUCAUCCUCAUCCACCCUUCCCUGACCCUCAAACCUAUCUCUGUCAUGGUGAGACUUAUCUUCAUCACUGUGAUUUCCACAUCGCUGCUCUGGUAUUUAAAAUGUAUCUUAUAAAAUAACAUUUCCAAUUAUAUACUUCAUUUUGUUUGGUUAUCAACCCCAUCUCCUGUUCCCCAUCCCUGCUGCAAAGCCAUCAUGGCUCUCAUAGUCUCCUUCCACUCUGUCCUAUGAUGGGGGAUGUCCUUCUAUGCGCUGUGAAUGUUUCUCUUUAUUGGUUGAUAAAUAAAACACAGAUUGGCCAGUAGCCAGGCGGGAAGUACAGGCAGGGCUACCAGACAAGGAGAAUUCUGGGGAAAGGACGCAGAGGGAAGCUGCCAGAAAGAUGACAUGCAGCUGCCAAGGGAGCAAGAGGACCGGUUAUCACCAGUAGGCAAAGACAAAGUAGAGAUACAUGGAUUAAUAGAAAUGGGUUAAUAAUUAAGAGAGAGCUAGCCAAUACAAAGACUGAGUUAUUGCCAAACAGUUUAUAAUUAAUAUAAGCCUGUGUGUGUUUACUUGAGACAAAAAGUUAUGGCUGCAGGACCAGGUAGAACAAAAACUGUCUUCAGUCUUGCCUUCCCCAUACCCUACUCUUAAGCCUGCAUCUCAUGGACCCCUACCUCCCUGGGCUUUACUUACAUCUCCUCCCAUCAAGAUACACAUUCAGUAGCUAGAAGCUAGAAUCCAUAGGAGAACUAUGUAUGACAUUUGUGUUUCAGCCUAACCCUUCCAGUUCCAUCCAUUUUCUGGCAAUUUCAUUUUUCGUCUAAUGCUAAAGUUAGUUAUCAACAAUGUUAUAUGUAAAUUCACCCCAUCCCUAAGUUUCUCGAACUUUAACCUCCUCAUGGUGCCAAUUAAAACUGGUAUGCCGACUUUAGCUUUCUUUCUUUCUUUCUUUCUUUCUUUCUUUCUUUCUUUCUUUCUCAAGAACCUCUUUCAGUCACUUAACUUCUCUACUUGCUCUAAGGCAUUCUUCUCUCACCCCAUCUGACAGUUUGCCUCCAUACUAUCACAUCUAAUGACAACUCCCUUCCCUCUCCCCCGGCUAAACACCUCUCAUCCUUCCUCUAUGUAACCCUCCUGCCCCCUUACACAUAAGCUCUCAUAUUAUAACCCACCUGAUCAGCCACAUCCCGCUGUCUUCUUUGGUUGCAUUAUUAUUCUCUGAUCAAACCAAACUGUUUGGCUUUACAACUUAUUCUGCCCUUCUGAAUACAUUUAUUCACAGUACUUCCAUUAGAAUGUUAGUCCUCAUUACAAGCUAUGGAAAUUCUAUCUACUCCUAACUGACAAGCCAAUUCAUUUCCUAGCUGCAAGUUUCUUCUCUGAAUUCCCAAAGUAUUUGAUUCUUUUGUGAUAUCUAUUUGUUUCUGUGUUAUAGCACAGAUAGGUAUGGAUAUAUCUGAACCUCUACCAAUCUGAAACUCCAAGAAAGGAUCAACCUAUGUUGUACAGGUCUUCAUAAAGUCUAAGGUAUUUAAUAGCAUCUACCACAAAAACAGUUCCUAAAAUUGCUGAAUACUUGAGAAGCACAAGGAAUGAUUAAAUGUAAGCAUCUACUUAGAAUAUUAAUAAAACAUUAUAUUCUGAUACAA